AGAGCUCGAGCUCCAUCUGCACGCGGAGCGGAGAGCUGCAGCACGCGCCACACCGUGCGGCAGCGCGAGCGCGAGGCGCAUUCAAACCGUGGACAGUCAGGAUGGCGUUCGGACGCGUCAGCGGUCACCAGAAGCCGGACUGAGGAGGCUGAACUGGACCGAGCGUCGGCAGAGAUCAGGGAGCCGGGGAGCAGGUGGACCCAGGGCAGGUGGGCAUGCCCGUUGCGCGUGGACCUUCAUGAUCAGUGAGGGAUGUUGAAGAACCUCCUGUGUGGAACCUCUGAUGGUUAUCGAUAAGGUCUGAUGCGAUGGUGUGAACUCCUGUAUCACAAAAGAGCUGAUCCAAACUGACAUACAGUCAACAUGGAGUCAUGGACAUUACUACCAGUGCCCCCUAACCUUUCCCUCCCAGAGCCCCUCCUCUAUGACAGCUUCUUCCCAGGGAAUGAGUCUGACUAUGGCCUGGAGGAUUACAAUCACAAUGAGACCCACCCUGCUUUUGACCGGACGAGCUCUGUGGUCAUCACCUUCAUGUACUUUGUAGUGUGCACUGUCGGACUCUGUGGGAACGCUCUGGUCAUGUACGUGAUCCUCCGCUAUGCCAAGAUGAAGACCGUCACAAAUAUCUACAUCCUAAACCUGGCCGUCGCCGAUGUUCUCUGUAUGCUCAGCCUGCCCUUCAUCGCCAUUCAGCUGGCGCUGCUGCACUGGCCCUUCGGUGCCGUGAUCUGCCGGAUCGUUCUGACCAUGGACUCGCUGAACCAGUUCACCAGCAUCUUCUUCCUGACGGUGAUGAGCAUUGACCGAUACCUCGCUGUGGUGCACCCAAUCAAGUCCACCAAAUGGCGCAAGCCACGGGUGGCCAAAAUCAUUAGCCUAGCCAUGUGGGGGGUGUCCCUGCUGGUGAACUUGCCCAUUAUGAUCUUCAGUGGCCUGAACACCAACAAGAAUGAGGCGCGGACGUGCACCAUGCUGUGGCCAGAGCCUAAGAACACCUACUACACCGCCUUCAUCUUCUACACCUUCUUCUUGGGCUUCUUCCUGCCUCUGAUCGUCAUCUGCCUGUGCUACCUGCUCAUUGUCAUCAAGGUGAAGACCUCAGGCAUGCGGGUAAGCUCCAGCAAGCGCAAGCGCUCAGAGCGCAAGGUGACGCGCAUGGUGUCCAUUGUGGUGGUGGUGUUCGUGCUCUGCUGGCUGCCUUUCUACAUGUUCAAUGUGGCGGCGGUGACCGGCACACUCAUCGCCACGCCGGUGCUGAAGAGCACCUUCGACUUUGUGGUGGUUCUUGGGUACGCCAACAGCUGCGCCAACCCCAUUCUUUAUGCCUUCCUGUCAGACAACUUCAAGAAGAGUUUCCAGAACGUCCUUUGCCUCAAGAGGGUGGGUGGCCUGGAUGAGAUUGAGCGCAGCGACAGCCGCCAGGACAGGACCCGAAUGGUCAGUGAUGUCAUGACGGAGACUCACAAUGCUGCCCUGCUCAACAACGAUCUGCAGACCAGCAUCUAGGAAUGCUUUGGAUCCCUCAUCUUCAAACUGAUGGUCACAGCUUUGUAGAUCACUAUUAGAUCUGCUGGGAUGCCUUGGUAGAGAACUGACAUAUCCAACAACAUGCAUGGAAAGAACUUCUUGGCAUUUCUCAUGCAUGAGUAACAAUAACAUGUCGAAAGUAAUAUCAUGGAGUGUUUGCUUUAUUUCAUCAAAUCCAUUCAGGUCUCCUUUAUUGACUAGGAUGGAGGAUGGUGUUCGCUCUGAGGACAGAUUUCAUCAGAAAGGCACCUGCCUGUUGAGUUCCGAGUCAAUAUAAGCCUCAGACAAGUUAUCACGCUAAGCUCUAUCUGCUUUUCUUUUAGCAGGACUUUUAAAUGUGGCGAUACACUGAGAAUGUGAAUUUACUGUAGAUAACUGAGUUUGUUUGUUUAUCUGUUUGCAGUUGCCAAAACUCUUAUUUUUUUCCACUGCUGAAAAGGUCAUUGUCCUCAUAAGAUAAACAGACAUUUGCUCUCUGAAAUGA